CCUCCUCCGGACCAGCAAGAUGAGUUUUACGGUGGACCACCACUACUAUGGCCCGGCGUCAUACCGCAAGGCUCGGCCAGCCUCCCUCUCCUCUUCCGGCUUCCAAUCUCAGCGCCGUCGUACAGUCAGCAGCCAGCCGUCCUCUACAGACAGCGUGGAUGUCUUUACCGGGGACAUGUCGAGAAGGAACGAGAAGGAGGUUCUUCAGACUCUAAACGACCGGUUUGCGGGCUACAUUGACAAGGUGCGAAACCUCGAGAUGCACAACAAGAACCUGGAGGCAGAAGCGGCAGAGCUGAGGCAGAACCAGGCUGGACGCGCGUCUGUUGGAGAGCAUUACGAUCGCGAGCUGGGUGAUCUGAGGGGUCUGGUGCAGCAGCUGACCGGUGAGAAAGCUUGUGCGGUCCUGGAGCACGAGCAUCUGGAGGAGGACAUCCAGAACAUGCAGGCUAAACUGGAGGACGAGGCACGCACCCGCGAGGAGAUGGUGGCCGCUACGCGGGCCAUGAACAAGUAUGUGGAUGAGUGCGGUCAUGCCCGGCUCGAGCUGGACAAGAAGCUUUGCGUACUACAAGAAGAGUCCGCCUUCCUGAAGAAGAACCACGACGAGGAGGUUGCAGAACUUCUUGCGCAAAUUCAAGGUGCCCAGAUGAGCUUCAAGGUUCGAGACACUCUCAAAGCAGACGUCACAAGCGCACUGAGGGAGAUUCGCGCGCAGCUGGACGGACACGCAACAAAGAGCUCAACACAAGCUGAAGAAUGGUUCAAAGUGCGCAUGCAGCGUCUGUCGGAGGCGGCGCACGACAACAACGAGGCGAUCCGCGGCGCCCAGGAGGAGAUCUCCGAGUACCGGCGCCAGCUUCAGAGCCGCACCAUCGAGCUGGAGACCCUGCAAGGAACCAAGGAGUCUCUGGAGAGGCAGCGCAUGGACACCGAGGACAGACACAACGGAGAUCUCAACUCCAUGCAGGAGACUAUCCACCAGCUGAGCAAUGAGUUGAAGAGCACCAAGUGGGAGAUGGCCAGCCAGCUGAGGGGGUACCAGGAGCUGCUCAACGUGAAGAUGGCUCUGGACAUCGAGAUCGCUGCCUACAGGAAGCUGCUGGAAGGCGAGGAAACUCGUUUUGUUUCGGUGAUGAGGCCGUACUCCUACCUGACGCUUAAGGGAGAACAGAUGUCCGACACGGUGAUCCUGGAGGAGCAGACCGACAAGACUCAGGUGACGGAGGACGCAGAAGAGGGGGAUGACGAGGGAGAGGCAGGAGCGGACGAGGGAGAGAAGGAGGGAGAAAAGGAGGAAAGAGGUGAUGAAGAGGGUGACGAGCACAAAGAAGCAGGAGACGAAGUAGAGGGUGAGGAAGGAGGUGACGAGACCAAGGAGGAGCAGGUCGAGGGAGCUGAAGAGGAGGAAGAGGGAGGUGACGAGGGGAAGGAAGAGGACGACAAGUCAAAGUCGCCUGAGAAGGCAGCCUCACCUCCAUCCAAGUCACCCCCCAAGUCUCCAGCAGUCAAAUCCCCAGAAUCCAAGUCCCCUAAAUCCAAGUCACCUCCAUCCAAAUCACCUAUGCCAAAAUCGCCUGCCAAGUCUCCAGCAGUCAAAUCACCAGCGCACGACAAGUCAAAAUCCCCAGAAGCCAAGUCCCCCGCUGCCAAAUCGCCCGAGUCCAAAUCCCCCGAGCCCAAGACCCCCGAGCCCAAGUCCCCCAUCGCCAAAACUCCAGAGCCCAAGACCCCCGAGCCCAAGUCCCCCGUCGCCAAAACUCCAGAGCCCAAGACCCCCGAGCCCAAGUCCCCCGUCGCCAAAACUCCAGAGCCCAAGACCCCCGAGCCCAAGUCCCCCGUCGCCAAAACUCCAGAGCCCAAGACCCCCGAGCCCAAGUCCCCCAUCGCCAAAACUCCAGAGCCCAAGACCCCCGAGCCCAAGUCCCCCGUCGCCAAAACUCCAGAGCCCAAGACCCCCGAGCCCAAGUCCCCCGUCGCCAAAACUCCAGAGCCCAAGACCCCCGAGCCAAAGUCCCCCGUCGCCAAAACUCCAGAACCCAAGAGCCCGGAGCCCAAGUCCCCCGUCGCCAAAACUCCAGAGCCCAAGAGCCCGGAGCCCAAGUCCCCCAUUGAAAAAUCUCCCCAGCCCAAGACGCUGGAGCUCAAGUCCCCGGAGCCCAAGUCCCCCGCUACAAAAUCCCCCGAACUCAGGACCCCCGAGCCCCGAGCAGAAGGACAGGAAAAAGAGGGUGAGGAAGGAGGUGACGAGACCAAGGAGGAGCAGGUUGAGGGAGCUGAAGAGGAGGAAGAGGGAGGUGACGAGGGGAAGGAAGAGGACGACAAGUCAAAGUCGCCUGAGAAGGUGGCCUCACCUCCAUCCAAGUCACCCCCCAAGUCUCCAGCAGUCAAAUCCCCAGAAUCCAAGUCCCCUAAAUCCAAGUCACCUACAUCCAAAUCACCUAUGCCAAAAUCGCCUGCCAAGUCUCCAGCAGUCAAAUCACCAGCGGACGACAAGUCAAAAUCCCCAGAAUCCAAGUCCCCUGCUGCCAAAUCGCCCGAGUCCAAAUCUCCGCAGCCCAAGACCCCAGAGCCCAAGUCCCCCGUCACCAAAACUCCAGAGCCCAAGUCCCCCAUCACCAAAACUCCAGAGCCCAAGACCCCAGAGCCCAAGUCCCCCGUCGCCAAAACUCCGGAGCACAAGACCCCCGAGCCCGAGUCGCCUGUUGCCAAAACUCCAGAGCCCAAGUCCCCCGCUACAAAAUCCCCCCAGCCCAAGACCCCCGAGCCCAAGUCCCCCAUUGCCAAAACUCCGGAGCAAAAGACCCCCGAACCCAAGUCCCCCGUCUCCAAAACUCCAGAGCCCAAGUCCCCCGAGCCCAAGUCUCCCGUCGCCAAAACUCCGGAGCAAAAGACCCCCGAGCCCAAGUCCCCCGCCGCCAAAACUCCGGAGCCCAAGUCCCCCGCUACAAAAUCCCCCCAGCCCAAGACCCCCGAGCCCAAGUCCCCUGUCCCCAAAACUCCAGAGCAAAAGACCCCCAAACCCAAGUCCCCGGAGCCCAAGACCCCCGAGCCCGAGUCACCCAUCACCAAAGACCCCCCAAAGGAGGAGAAGAAAGAGCAAGUGAAAGAGGGGGAGAAAGAGAAGCAGGACCCUAAGAGCAAGGUCGAGGACAAGGCUGACAAACAAGACGCGAAGAAGGAGAAGAAGCCAGAGGAGAGCGACAAACCGGCCAAGCCUGAAGAGGACAAGCCCAGCCCCAAGUCCCCGGCCAAAUCCAAGAAAGAAGAGGAGAAAUCUGCUCCUCCGAAAACAGACGAGCCCCCGACCGAGGUGAAGCCCGCCCCUAAAGCGGCCACGCCCGAGAAGGCGGAGAGCAAGAAAGAGGAGAAGAAACCAGAGGCCAAGAAGGAGGAGAAGAAGCCAUCCCCCAAAGCAGCCGACUGCAAGGACACAGGGAAUAUGGAGACGAUCGAGAAGUGUUCCAGCACAGAGGCCAAGGAGAGCAAGGAGGAGAAGGCCAAGGAGUGAGUCGGAGAUGAUGCGUUUGGACUCAGGGUUGAGGGCCAAU